UGGCGGUGCUGCUGCCUCUGCCACCCUUCGCGGACGAGGGCCACGCAGGCCUCGGGGGAGCCUCCGCGGAGCGGUCCCAGCAAGCCUGGGUAGCCUGUAACUUGGAAGACUCUGGCAAUCACCUGUGCAAUUGGAGGAGGAUUAUUAGCAACGAUGAAAUACUUCAAAAAAGAAAAAGAGGAAAUGUUGGAGAAGGACCGGCACCGGAGUAUUGGAAAGCCAUUGUUGGGAGGCCAUUUCUCACUCACUGAUCACAAGGGUGAGCCCAAGUCAGAUCGUCACUAUCUGGGUCAGUGGGUGCUCAUCUACUUUGGUUUUACACACUGUCCUGACAUCUGUCCAGAAGAACUGGAGAAAAUGAUUCUAGCUGUAGAUGAAAUCGAUGCGAUCCAGUCUCUGCCCAAUGUCACUCCACUCUUUAUCACCAUUGAUCCAGAGAGAGAUAAUAAAGAAGCAGUUGCUAGAUAUGUCAAAGAGUUUUCACCUAAACUGAUUGGAUUGACGGGUACGAAAGAGCAGAUUGAUCAAGUGGCUCGAGCCUAUCGUGUCUACUAUAGUUCUGGCCCCAAAGACGAAGAUAAUGAUUAUAUUGUGGAUCAUACCAUCAUAAUGUACCUUGUUGGUCCCGAUGGGAAGUUCGUUGAUUAUUAUGGCCAAAACAAGAAGCAUUCGGAGAUUGCUGCUUCAAUUGCUGGACACAUGAGACAAUUUAAACAGAGUUAGGAGAGGAAAGAAAUCUUACUGGAAGCCAAGAAUGCUGCCCAUCAAGUGUACAUAACACAACGGGGAUGUGCCUUGAAGAUAGGAUUGGUUGGAUGAAGUACAAGUAAUAUCCCUUGGUACCUUCCUUAUUUCUUUGUGGUUAUGACUGUACUCUGAGCUAAGACUCAGAAUGAAUAAAGAACAGGUGUCAUUAUACAAAACUAUGUGACCAAAUACUUUUCUCAGAAUGUGCAUUGACUCUUGACUUUUUGUGUGGAAUGCCUUUGGAUACAAUACAGGUGGACCUAAGGAAAAGAUAAUCAUUCCUGAAUGGUGAUCACUCUAGCCUUGGAAUUGUUUUUUAUACUUGAAUUAUGAUUUGUUGUAAUGCUAAAAGACUAUAUGUAGAUUUAAUAACUGAAGUGAGCAGUACUCCUGAUGCCAUUUAUGGGACUAGCCUUGCCUGAGAUGUGAAUGUCUUUUACUUACAUCAGUGGCAUCACCAUCACUUCAAAGGUGACAUUUUCUGACAGCUAAAGAAGCUGUCUUUUGGAAUUGUUAUUAAUAUAUAUGAAAUUGCUAGUGUAGCUUAUAACAGGACUAGCAAACCUGUCAUUCCUUCCAUAUGUUGGAAUAUAGACUCCCAUCAUCCCUAACCAGCAUGGGUUCAAGUUGGAAAUGAUAGGAAUUGUAGCCUAACGUCAUGUAGAAAGCUACGGGUUCCCUGUUCCUAGCUUAUGACAUAACCCCAGAGCACUGAGUAACUCUCUAUAUAGAGGGAUUAUUGAUCAAAUAAAAUCACAUGUGUUGUACUGACACUGAAAUAAAGUAUAAAAACCUCUA